UAGGGUUUUGAAGAAGUUUUCCUUUCUUCUUUCUGCGUCCUCUAUAAAUAAAAGAUUUUUUAUGCGUGGAAGUAUCUUCAUACAAAGUUUCUCAAAAAAAUCGUCUUUGCUCGAAAUAGCAAAAUCUACCAGAUUUCUUUUGGAUCAACUAUGUGGGAUCAAAAACCUAGUUUCACGCUUGAGAUAGGUAACUUUUCGAACAAGGAAGCUGUCAUAGCGUCGAAUGUAUUCGAGGCUGGCGGAUGCGAAUGGUAUGUUUCAGUUCAUCCAAAGGGAGUUUCUGGUCGUUUUAAUGGUCACUUGUGUUUGUUCCUCAACGUUGCAAAUCGUAAAUCCUUGCGAACUGGAUGGCGAAGAAGUGUUAAAUUUUGUUUCCUUGUGCUGAAUGAGUCCAGCAAAGAGCUCUAUAGAUCACCAGGUAAUGGAGUUACAUCUUUCCCUAGAUGCAAACUGAUUGGAUAUCCCACAAACUCAUUUGAAAUGGCAAGCAGCUUGUUUUGCGCUUGGAAUCCAACAUGGGGUAUCCGAAAGAUCUUGCCUCUAAGCAUGUUUCAAGAAAAAGGGUUUUUGGAGAAGGACGUACUCAUCAUUGAAGUCUACAUCAAAGUUGUUGAAGCUUUUGAUGGAGAAGAAGGAGAUUUUGAUGGAGAAGGCGGAGAUAUCACUGGUUUUCAAGUUUUUGCUGAUUAUGUUGCUUCGGUGAAAAAGAUAUUCGAAGAGCAGGUCUUGAAGACAGAUUACAAGAAUGCUCUAAGCAAAGCUUGCAGCAAGUUGAGUGAGCUGGUGGAAGUAGGAUUCAAGCUGGACUGGUUGAAGUCAAAGUUUGAUGAACUUUCCUUCAAGAGGAAGAACGCAGACGGUGUUGAUGAUGAGUCUUUGGUCCAACAACUAGAGGAACGUAUCAAGAAUCUUGAACUAAUGGUAUCAGGCUUCGAGAAAGACUGUUUGAAGUCAAAGCUCGAGGAGAGCAUCAAGAAUCCUGAGAUGAUGGAACUAGGGUUUAAACUGGACAGUUUGACCUCGAAGCUUGAAGAGGUUUCCUUGGAGAAGAAGAAAUCAUAUGAUGCUGAUGAGUCUUUGGUUCAACAACAAGAGGAACGCAUCAAGAAUCUUGAACUAAUGGUAUCAGGCUUCAAGAAGGACUGUUUAAAGUCAAAGCUUGAGGAGGAGAUCUCCUUGGAGAAGAAGAAAUCACUUGCUGCUGAUGGGUAUCGUUUCCAAGAACUUGAAGAAAGCGUCAAGAAUCUUGAACUGAUGGAAUCAGGCUUCAAGAAGGACUUUUUGAAGUCGAUCCUUGAGGAGAUCUCCUUGGAGCUGAAGAAGUCAUAUGAUGCUGAUGAGUCUCGUGUCCAAAAACUUGAAGAAAGCGUCAAGAAUCUUGAGUUGAUGGAAUUAGGGCUUAAACUGGACAGUGUCAAGUCAAAGCUUGAGGAGCUUUCCUUGGAGAAGAAGAAAGCCUAUGAUGCUUCUGAGUCUCGUGUCCAAAAACUUGAAGAAAGCGUCAAGAAGCUUGAGCUGAUGGAAUUAGGGCUUAACCUGGACAGUUUCAAGUCCAAGCUUGAGGAAAUUUCCUUGGAGAAGAAGAUAGCAUAUGAUGCUGAUGAGUCUCGAACCCAAAUACUCGAGGGACGCAUCAAGACCAUUGAGCUAAUGGAAACAGGCUAUAAACUGGACAGUUUGAAGUCGAAGCUUGAGGAUAUUGCCUUGGAGAGGAAGAAAUCAUGUGAUGCUAGUGAGUCUCGAGCCCAACAACUCGAGGAACGCAUCAAGAAUAUUGAGCUACUGGAUUUACGACUCUUUAUCAACUGUUUGAGUUCAAAGCUUGGUAAUACUGAUGAUGAGUUCCAACAACUCGAGGAGCGCGUCAAGGAUCUUGAGGUGAUGAAAGUGGGAUCUAAGCUGGAUUGUUUGAACACAAAGAUUGAGGAAAACGUCAAGAAUACUGAGCUGAUGGUGUCGUGUAUCAAAGUUGAACUAGACAAGAAGAAGGACAAAUCUACUGCUGACGGAUUUUUGUUGGUCAACUAGGCUUAGCUUGAUGUAGAGACUAGUCUAGAGAGCAUGUUUACGUCGGCUUUUAAAUAAAGCGACAUGGUUACGUCGAUUGUUUCAUUCUCUGUAUCUGAAUCACUUACGUUUUCGUUGGAUCAUGUUUUAGGUUAAUGUGUUCCUUCUUAGUGUAAUCUUGAUUACAAUCGUGAGAAACAAUCUCUUGCUCUAAAUCUUUAUCUCAAUAAGUUAAUCUCACCAUCAAUAUGGAAGGGGCACAUGGAUGUAACGUGACUACACAAACAACACUUUAUCUUUAUUUAUGCCGAUGUCAAAACAGGAUGUGGCUAGUAAUCGGCUCUUUUAGACCGUGCUACCCUAACAACUAAGUGGUAUCCAAAGCUGACUCUUUGGCAGGAAAUAACAGUAGCGGAGCUAUAAAUUUUAUUCAACCGGGUCAAUUUUAUAUAAAAUAUUAGUUGUAGAAAUAACACCAAAACAUUAAUAUGAAAAUAUUUAUAGAUUAUUGUUUUAUAAUUUUUUUUACAAAUAAAACGUAUUUACUAUUGUUGAGACAAAUUUUAUAAUUUUUUUAGAAUUAACAUGUAUAAAUAUUAUUUAUUGACUUUUUAAUAAUUUAUUAUUUUAUCCAAUUUUUACUUGUGUAAAAUCUGAAUUACUAGAUAGUUGUUUUAAUAUAUUUUAAAAUAUAAAACUAUAAUAAUUCAUCUAAAAGACAAGUACAUAACAUCAGUUUUAAUUAUAUGACGUUACCAUCUCUUAAAUUUUUAGUAUGUUCAACAAUUUAAACAAGGAAAAUGAAAACAUAUAAAUGAUAUUUUA